GACGCUUCUUCAAACAACGGCAGCGAGUUAUUCACCUCGGUAGCUUUCUAGCCAACAUAGCAGAUCUUUAAAUGCUUUCGUUGUAUAUUAGCGACUGUGUUUUAAACACAGUUGUCGUAUCUACUAGCUAGUUACACCAUUUCAUUAAAUAUCUACGUUGUUUUUAGUCAGCUAGCUAGCUGGGUAAAUUAGCAGUGCUAGUCUUGUCACUAAUGCUAACUAGCUAACAUCCCAACCAUGAGCUCACUAAACGACUCCCCACCUUCUGAAGAGGAGAAAUGCUGGACGGAGAAAGAAACUCUGGGGCUGAACAUUGUCGUGAAAGAGGAGAAGGAAGAAGAGGAUGUCACAGUAAAACAAGAAACAGAGAGUGAGGCUGUUACAGUGAAAGAAGAAGAGAAAGAAGUUAAAUUGACAGAAGAUGAAGACGCGUUCAGAGUGAAAGAGGAGGAUGUUACAGUAAAAGAAGAGGAGGAAGAGAAAGAGGAGAUGACUGUCACAGUGAAAGAAGAAGAGGAAGACAUUUUUGGAAUGAAGGAAGUGGGGGAGAUUACUGUCACAUUGGAAGAAGAAGAAGAGACAGGAGAUCUGAUUAACAACAGAGAGAGACCAGACUCUCCAUCUGACAGCAGAAAGAGUCCUUCAGGGGAACCAGACCCUGAGACGCCCAAUCCAGCGAUGCAACACCACUGCUCCCAGUGUAAUAUGAGUUUUAAGUGGUUAUGGAAGCUGAAAGAGCAUGAAAGGAAACACACAGGAGAAAAGCACUUCCAAUGCUCCCAGUGUGGAAAUAGAUUCUCACGAUCACAUGACCUAAAAUCACAUGAGAGGACACACACAGGCGAAAAACCUCACAAUUGCUCACAGUGUGGAAAGCUUUUUUCCCAUUUAGGGAACCUGAACAAACAUAAGAGAAUACACUCUGGAGAGAAGCCUUACCCCUGUUCCCAUUGUGGAAAGAAUUUUAGGUUGUCGGGUAACCUGAAAACGCAUGAGAGGACACACACAGGGGAGAAACCUUACCAUUGCUCCCUGUGUGGUAAGGAUUUUACCAAGUUAGGGAACCUGAAAGAUCACGAGAAGAAACACACAGGAGAAAAGCCUUACCACUGCUCCAAUUGUGGAAAGAGAUUUUCAACAUCAUCAGACUUAAGAAAGCAUGAGAUGACGCACACCGGGGAGAAAUCGUACCAUUGCUCUCAGUGUGGAAAUAGUUUCUUACGAUCACAUGACCUGAGAGCACAUGAGCGGACACACACAGGGGAAAAACCACACAGUUGUUCCCAGUGUGGAAAGUGUUUUUUGCAUUUAGGGAGCCUGAACAAACAUAAGAAAAUACACUCUGGAGAGAAGCCUUACCCCUGUUCCCAUUGUGGAAAAUUCUUUAGGUCGUUAGAUAACAUGAGGAGGCAUGAGAAGACACAUGCAGGGAAGAAGCUUUACCAUUGCACCUUGUGCGGAAAGAGAUAUUCACGAUCACAUGAUCUAAAAUCACAUAAAAGGAAACACACAGGGGAAGAAAACACGCAAUUACACACACAGGGGAAAAAUCACACAAUGGGUCCCAGUGUGGAAAGAAUCACACGCAGUUAGAGAACCGUUCCCAUUGUGGAACUAUAUUUUCCCAAUCACAUGACCUAAAUUCACAUCAAAUCUAACCAAGCUAUAUUUAUUCAGCACAUUUCAGACAUGGAGUGGAACACAAUGGGCUUCACAGGAGAAAACAAUGAAAACAAAAACUGAAAUAUUUACUACACAAGAAACAUAAGAGGAUAUAAAAAAACAAAAGAUUAACAAUAAAAACAUUUGUGCCCAGCUGUGGAUAAAACACUGCUAGCAUUUGUCUGCUCCAUUUGCAUGAUGGCUAGCAGCUAAUUGCUACUUAACACUGCUAGCAUUUAUCUGCUCCAUUUUCAUGAUGGCGAGCAGCUAAUUGCUACUUAACACUGCUAGCAUGUGUCUGCUCCAUUUUCAUGAUGGCUAACAGCUAAUUGCUACUUAACACUGCUAGCAUUUGUCUGCUCCAUUUUCAUGAUGGUUAGCAGCUAAUUGCUACUUAACACUGCUAGCAUGUGUCUGCUCCAUUUUCACGAUGGUUAGCAGCUAAUUGCUACUUAACACUGCUAGCAUUUGUCUGCUCCAUUUUCACGAUGGUUAGCAGCUAAUUG